UACUGUAACAGACCGGAAGUCCGCGUCAUUCCUCCCAGCUGAGCAGAACCGGCUCAAACACACUGAACUUAUUUUAAUCUGUAAAAAGACGAAAGAAUCAUAAACUUUUAUUUCCUUCCGGACACAACAUGUCGGACGAAGCCACGCGCAGGGCCGUGUCUCAGAUCCCGCUGCUGAAGACCCCGGCGGGGCCGCGGGACCGGGCUCUAUGGCCACAGCGGCUGAAGGAGGAGUACCAGGCUCUGAUCCGGUUCGUGGAGCAGAACAAGGCCGCAGACAACGACUGGUUCCGCCUCGAGUCCAACGCGGACGGGACGCGCUGGACCGGCACGUGCUGGUUCAUCCACGAGCUGAUGCGCUACGAGUUCCGGUUGGAGUUCGACAUCCCGGUGACGUAUCCCGACACCGCGCCUGAGGUGGCGAUACCGGAGCUGGACGGGAAGACGGCGAAGAUGUACCGGGGCGGGAGGAUCUGCCUCACCGACCACUUCGCGCCGCUGUGGGCCCGCAACGCGCCGCGCUUCGGGCUCGCGCACCUCAUGGCGCUGGGACUCGGACCGUGGCUCGCGGUGGAAGUACCGGAUCUGAUCGGUAAAGGGCUCGUGCUGCACAAGGAGCGGCAGCGCGACGAGGCGGCGGAGUGACGUCACCGGACAACACGUUAAAGACUUUUGAAUGGAAACGGAACCGAAACACGGAGUGACGUCAUGCUAAUGUUGUGAUGGAAGCUGCAUUGGUCGUCAGCGUGAGGAGCUGAGCAGUGUUGUUUAUAAAGUUUAUUUAAUUGGACUGACACACUGACACUGUUCAAAGCAUGUCCACAGAAGUUAUUCUUUGAUUAAAGUGACUUGGGUUUAUAUCACAUUAAAAUCAUGUGAUAACAUGUCCACGAUUUCUGAGAAUAAUUCAUGAUCCGAAGUGUGUUGGUGAUUUGGUGCAGAAUUGAACUUGAGGUGUGAAUUGAGAUGACACAAGUUGGAAUAUAAACUGAUGGAAAAUGAAAGUUUGACAACACUAACAGAUGCCGCUGUGACCUUUGACCUGGAUCUUCUCUCCUCUGCUCAGAAGUACGUGAGGAAUGUAGUUGCCAUCCAUGACACUUUCAAUCUGAUCUCAGCUGAUCAGAUUGAUAUUGAUUCAACUCCAACCUCCCCCAAGAUGCCCCCUGGGUUCCAUGGAAACAGGGGCAGUUCUGUCAGUUCUGUUCUGACAGUUUACUUCUGUUAGAAAUUUUAAUAAAUUUGAAAGGAUUAAUUGAAACAGUUUGAAUAAAAUGAUUUAAACAGUAA